AUGGCCGGCGGACUCUCGGUGCAAUCAGGGGAAGAGGGGGAGCCGCAGCUUGUGGAGGCGGCAGUUGCGGUGCGGUUGCGCGGACAGAAGCAGUCGGACCUGGCAGUUCCGGGGUUUGUCGUUGCAGGGACGGAUGGCUCAACUGAGCCGGUAAAUGCGCGCGGACCGCGGAAUGCUGGAGGGGAGAACGGUUCUGCUGCGGUAUCGGCGCAGGCUGCGCCAGACAGGGCAGUCCGGGGAGCGGAUGGGGGAGUGGCGCUGACAGCAUCCGCAGCGGGAGUGGCGGGAGUUGCGGAUGCUCUGGAGCGGCAGCAAGGCCCCACGGCCCAGUGUCCUGAUUUCCGCUGCAACUGGCCGCGCACGGGGUUCUUCUUUGACCGCCCGGAGAAGGGCCAUCAGGCGGUGAUCGUGACGCCCUACACCAACCAGCCGUUCGAGUGCUGGCGCAUCUGCCGCCGCACUGAGCACUGCGCGUUCUGGAUGUUCGAGAUGCAGGCGAUCCAAGGCCGAUGCAAGCUUUGGAGGAAGGAGCAGAGCCCAUGCGAGCCAGCAGACCCUGCAGACGUCACCUCCACCACAUACCAACAAAGGGCAGAUGGGCUGUUUGUGGUGGGCGGUAACUGCGAAGGAGCUCUUCUCCCCUCUUCUGCCCGCGCUGCUCGUGCUGGUCUUGGCGUGCGCUCCAAGGUUCUGGGUGUUCACGUUCCCUCUCCUCUCACUCCCACUCCUUCUGCAGCAUCUCUCCAGGGGGGCCUGACCACGUGUGCUGCACUCAAUGCCCACGUUGGUGCUGACAUCAUCGGAGCCAAUGUCGACGGCACAGCUGACAUCAGCAUUCUCCGCAGGGGAGCAUCCGUGUAUCUGUCCUACAAGAUCACAGCUCAGGGCUUGACUCAGCGCCCAUCCUCUUCCCCUGCCAUCGUCGCCCGUAACCCCUGCUCUUCCCCCGCAACCUCCUCCUCCUCCACUUCUUCCUCCACCUCAUCCUCACCUGCCGUUACCACAUCAGGCUCCCUAUCCGGAGACGGAUCACUGCAUGCCUCCCUCUCUCCCUCCACAGGAGCCACCGGCUCCGGCUCUCUCACCACCACCACCACCACCAACCUCCUCAACUCCUCCCUCUCUGCCUCCACCACUGCCGAUGCCUCCCUCUCCCCCACCACCGGCCUUACCACCUCCAACUCCCUCUCCGCCUCCGCCUCUCUCCCCAACUCCUCCCUCUCUGCGUCCACCACUGCUGGCGCCGGCACCGCUCUUAACCCAGACGGAUCGGUUUCCACCGCGGGGGGUCUCUCAGCCUCCACCAGCCUUCUCAACACCGGAGCUACAGCAGCCGGCAGCACUGACGCCUCCCUCCCCAAAGCCACUGCUUCAGGCUCAGGAUUUGUCGCAGCCUCUACUGCUCUCCUCAACACUUCGGCCACCGCCAGCGGUGGUGCCCAUGCAUCACUCCCCAACGCCACUCUCUCUGGCUCUGGCUCUCUCUCUGCCUCCACCGGUCUGCUCAACACAUCUGCUCAGGCCGGCGCUGGUGCAACCAUCUCCCUUCCCAAUGGCACAGUCUCUGGGUCCGGUUCUCUUGCUGCUUCCUCCGGUCUGCUCAACACGUCUGCUGUCGUUGGUGCCGGUGUCAACGCAGGCUCGGGAGGCGUCCAAGCCAACCUCGGAGGCUCCACGAACCUUGACCUCAACCCCGCUGGCGUUGUCUCAGGGAUUGGUGGGGUUAUCUCUGGCGCAGGUGGAGCAGUGGGGAGCGUGGUUGGUUCGGCAGGGAAGGUUGCAGGCUCGGUGGUAGGCUCGGUGGGCAAUGCUGCAGGUUCGGUGAUUGGCACAGUGGGCAAGGUGGCCGGCUCGGCAGGGAAAGCAGCAGGCUCGGCUCUUGGCUCGGUGCCUUCGGUUCUGUCUCCCCUGGUUGUCCUUCCUGGUGCUUGGGUGAAGGCUGCAGUUGAUGCCAAUGUUGGGGUAAACAUUGGUGCUGCUGGUGCUGCUGGUGCUGCUGGAGCAGCUGCAGCAAGUGUGUAUGCGAUGGUGGGAGAGACUCGCCUCUCUGCUGACCUUGCCUCGUCCCUCCUCGCCCGCAUCUCCGCCCGCUCCUCCUCCUCCCCGUCCGCUCCUCUCCCCCUCUUCCUCUACCUCAACGCGCGGCAGAAUCUCGUUGCCUUCCUGCAGUAA